AUGCAGGACUACGACGAGGUGACUGCCUUCCUGGGCGAGUGGGGGACCUUUCAGCGUCUCAUCUUCUUCCUGCUCAGCGCCAGCAUCGUCCCCAACGGCUUCAAUAGCAUGUCAAUCGUGUUUCUGGCGGGGACCCCGGAGCACCACUGCCGGGUGCCCGACACCGCGAACCUGAGCAGCGCUUGGCGCAACCACAGUGUCCCGCUGCGGCUGCAGGACGGCCGCGAGGUGCCCCACAGCUGCCGGCGCUACCGGCUCGCCACCAUCGCCAACUUCUCUGCGCUCGGGCUGGAGCCGGUGCGCGACGUGGACCUGGAGCAGCUGGAGCAGGAGAGCUGCCUGGAUGGCUGGGAGUUCAGCAAGGACGUCUACCUGUCCACCAUCGUGACCGAGUGGGAUCUGGUGUGUCAGGAUGACUGGAGGACGCCCCUCACCACCUCUCUGUUCUUCGUGGGCGUGCUCCUUGGUUCUUUCGUAUCCGGACAGCUGUCAGACAGGUUUGGGAGAAAGAGCAUUCUCUUCACUACCAUGGCUGUGCAGACUGGCUUCAGCUUCCUGCAGAUUUUCUCCAUCAACUGGGAGAUGUUCACUGCAUUAUUUGUCAUCGUGGGCAUGGGCCAGAUCUCCAACUAUGUGGUAGCCUUCAUACUAGGAACAGAAAUUCUUGGCAAGUCAGUUCGUAUUCUAUUCUCUACGUUAGGAGUGUGCACAUUUUUUGCAGUUGGCUACAUGCUACUGCCGCUGUUGGCUUACUUCAUCAGAGACUGGAGGAUGCUGCUGCUGGCGCUGACAGUGCCGGGGGUGCUGUGUGUUCCACUGUGGUGGUUUAUUCCUGAAUCUCCCCGGUGGCUGAUAUCCCAGAGAAGAUUCAGAGAGGCUGAAGAUAUCAUCCAAAAAGCUGCAAAAAUGAACAACAUAGCUGUACCAGCAGUGAUAUUUGAUCCUGUAGAACUACAGGAGCUAAACAGCCUGAAGCAGCAGAAAGUUUUCAUUCUGGACCUGUUCAGGACUCGGAAUAUUGCCACAAUAACCAUUAUGUCUUUGCUCCUAUGGAUGCUAACUUCAGUGGGUUACUUUGCUCUGUCUCUUGACACUCCUAAUUUACAUGGAGAUGCCUACCUGAACUGUUUCCUCUCUGCCUUGAUUGAAGUUCCAGCUUACAUUGCAGCCUGGCUGCUACUUCGAACCCUGCCCAGGCGUUACAUCAUAGCUGGGGUACUGUGUCUGGGAGGAGGUGUGCUUCUCUUAAUUCAAUUGGUACCUACAGAUUAUUACUUCUUGUCCAUUGGUCUGGUGAUGUUGGGAAAAUUUGGGAUCACCUCUGCUUUCUCCAUGCUGUAUGUCUUCACUGCAGAGCUCUACCCGACCCCAGUCAGGAACAUGGCAGUGGGGGUCACAUCCAUGGCUUCCAGGGUGGGCAGCAUCAUUGCUCCCUACUUCGUUUACCUUGGUGCUUACAACAGACUUCUGCCCUAUAUAGUCAUGGGCAGUCUGACUAUCCUGAUUGGAAUCAUCACCCUUUUUUUCCCUGAAAGUUUUGGAAUGACUCUACCAGAGACCUUAGAGCAGAUGCAGAAAGUGAAAUGGUUCAGAUCUUGGAAAAAAACAAGAGAUUCAACGGACAGAGAAGAAAAUCCCAAGGUUUUAGUAACUGCAUUCUGA